UGGUUCACUCACAUCUAAUUCAGGCAAUAAAAGAUUUACUGUAUCCUACGUUAGAAGAAGUAAAACGAACGAACAAGCGCAAAAAGUUGAUUCCCGACCCAAACGGAUUCUUUAUAAGGGUUAAAUGUGCAAGCUGUGAUGCACAGACAGUGUGCUACUCGCACACACAGAACAAGAAGCUGUGCGGAGAGUGUAAUGCGCCUAUUUGGUAUCCUACUGGUGGAUUUGGGAAGUUGGCGGAAAAUUGCGCAUGGGCUAAUAUCAGGAGAACGAUUAAUUAAACACUAGGUUUGGGAAUAUGGUG